AAAGUUUGGUCUCCUGUUCAUGUAACGCAUGUUAACCGGUGACUAAGGAAGACAACAAUGUUGGAAUGAUGACGGCCGAGUCACCAUAUCCUCUUCUUCUCUUCUUCCUCCUCCCCAUCCUAUUCUAAGGCGAAGAAGAGAAGGGAAGAGAGAGAAAGUAUAAUAGCAGCGGUAAAGUCAUUAAAUUUUGUUCUUCUUCCUCUGUUAUUUGAGCGAGCUGAAGUUGGAGAUGAAGGGAGUGAGCAGCACGAAGCUGAUGUAUCCGCAGCCAUCGUCCAACCACAAGCAUGGUGGAAAUGGGAUCUCCAACUCGGUCUCCUACCGUCGCCGCAUUUGGCUCGUCGCGUUCCUCUUCUUCUUCGCCUUCGUCUCGAUCCUCACUCUCCACAACCCCACCGGGGCGAGAGAUCCGAGUGGCCUCCCCUCCUCUUCUGCCUCCUCGCAUGCUGCGGUGGGGUCCGCCGCCGCGGCCACUUCGUGGCCGACGCCGCUGCCGGCUCUGGUGUUCGACGCGCUGGUCCACUACGCCGUGGCCUCCAACUACACGUGGAAGAUGGAGGAGGACGGCCUCCGGGCGAUCGCGGGCGUGCUCCGGCGGCGGGGGCCCUGCAACCUGCUCGUGUUCGGGAUCGGGCACGAGACGCCGCUGUGGCGAGCGCUCAACCAAGGCGGGCGCACCGUUUUCGUGGACGAGAACGAGUACUACGUCGCCCACAUGGAGGCGCGCAACCCCGGGCUGGAGGCCUACGACGUGGCCUACACCACCAAGGUCCGGGAGAUGCCGGAGCUCCUCGCCGAAUCCCGCCGGCAGCGCCGCGGCGAGUGCAGGCCGGUGCAGAACCUGCUCUUCUCCGACUGCCGGCUCGCCAUCAACGACCUCCCCAACCAGCUCUACGACGUGGCCUGGGACGUCAUCCUGAUCGACGGGCCCAAGGGGCACGAGGCGGCAGCGCCGGGCCGGAUGUCGGCCAUCUUCACGGCCGCCGUCAUGGCCAGGUACCGCGGCCGGGGGCCCGUGGACGUGCUCGUGCACGACUACGACCGGGCGGUGGAGAGGUUGUGCAGCGCAGAGUUCCUCUGCUCGGAGAACCUCGUCGCCGCCUCCUCCCGUCUGGCCCACUUCCUCAUCCGCAGCAGCGUCGGCCCCACCAACGAGUUCUGCACCAGCAGGACCACCACGGCCUACGGCGCUGCGACUUCCAGCUCGUAGUUUGGCUUCUGCUUCGCCAUGGACAGGCCAACCGUCCUGAGGAAAAGACAAUGAACACUCGUUCUCCCUUUUCCUUUGCUUGGUAGAGCAAAAGAUAGUGCUUUCUUGAUGACAUGCUGAUGUGAAGAGGAAUGGACAUCAAAGCUGACAACACUACACGGGUGCAACUCUUUCGU